AUGGCCAUCGACAGAGUCCCCCGCGGCGAGGUCCGCGCCAUCCUAAAUUUCUUCGCCGCGCCCGCCGAUAACUCGGCCCCCUACAAUAUCAUCAAUCCGGAAGGGGCCCCGGACAGAAACUACGGCGAUGCGCCAACAGAGACCCUCCUCCACGACAUCCGCGGCCGUGAGUCCGACUUUAACCUCGACCGCGACGCCUUCGCCGUGAUCCGCAACCUGCCCCCCUCCGCCGAAAAGGACUUUUCCGAUGAUGAAUCCGUCAAGAAAAAUUAUUAUCCGGAAGUCGAGAAGCUGCUCCUAGACCACGUCCCCGGAAGCAAUAGGGUUCUCUUCUUCGACCACACCAUCCGGCGCACCGACUCGAAAGCGCUCCGGAACCCCGUUACCCGCGUGCACAUUGACCAGACGCCCGUCUCCGUCAUCCAGCGGGUCAAGAAACACCUACCCGACGAGGCGGACAAGCUCCUUGCGGGCCGGUACCGCAUCAUCAACGUCUGGAAGCCGCUCAACGAGACGCCCGUCGAGUCGUUCCCCCUGGGCUUCGCUUCGUCGUCGACGCUGGCCGAUGAGGAUAUCGUCCCCAUCGAGCACCGGUAUACCACAGGGUACACCGGCCAGACGGCGGGGAUCAAGUUCAAUCCCGAGCAGAAGUGGUACUUCUUGAGCGGCAUGACUGGAGACGAGCGAUUACUGCUCGAGUGCUUCGACAGCGAGGGACUCCGGGACGGCACCGGUGUUGCAGGAGGUCGCCUGGCUCACACUGCUUUUGAAGACCCGAGGACGAGAGCUGAUGCUGUGGGCCGCGAGAGCAUCGAAGUGCGGGCGCUGGUAUUCGGUCCUUAG